AUGAAUAACAUAUAUAGCAUUUAUAGUAAAUUUAAUGAGUUUCUUGACUUUGAGGAUAGGCCAACGACGAGUUAAAGUGUGCAAUAGUAACUCAAUAAUGUUGGCUAGAAGAUGAAGGAGUACAAGGAUAAAAUAUUCACUUCACAUCAAAGAGCUAAUUCUAGUGCAUCAAGAAAUGAUUAAAAACACCACACUCAAAAGUCCAAGUCUCCUAUUUGGGACAGAAUGAACUCAUAGAAUUCGCAAAAGAAAAAGAUCUUCGAUGAAGCUCCUGUUGUUAAAAGGACCAAGCCUCAGAUUUUUAGUAAACCUGAAUGGAAAUAAUCAAAUAUGCAAUUGACCAAACAUGUGUAAUCUUAGCCAUCUGAAGACUUAGAUGAGAGCAGUUUGACUGUGCAAUUCUUAAUGACUGAAGAUAAGGACAUAGAUGAGAUGUAUUAUAAAGAGAAUAAUGAAUGUGAGAUUUUGAGUUACUUGAUUACACAGAUGGGCAAGAGACCCACACUUGAAAUACAAGGGACCAUGAUAGAAAAUCUGAGUCGUAAAAACAGUGAAGUCAAGAAGCAGCUCUCUCUCAAAUUGAUGGAAAAUUAACAUUAAUUGAAUUGGUGUUAUUAUAUGUGGGAUGCAUUAUCAUUUCGAGUCAAUUAAUGUUGUGCAAGAAUUGCCAGGGCGAGACUAGUAUUAAAAUUAUUGAAGCAAACACACAAGGAUUUGGGAUUGAAAAUAUAAAAGAAGUAAAAAUAAAAGGAGGAAGUAGAAUUACAGAUCUCAAAUGUUAUCAAGUUUAGACAAAGAUAUCAAUAGGUCUUUGAAUUAGUUUGCGAAUUAAAUAAGGAUCAAGUGACCAGUGAUAGUUGGUCCUUAUACAAGAUAAUAUCUAUUAAAGAUUUAGUUUGGACUUAAUCUAGAGAUAUGAAACAAUAGAUGCAUCUAUAUUAUUGUUUCAGUGAUAUCAGAGGAUACAUUGAAUCCUUGUUUCAACAACAAUUAGAAUAUUCUUAUCGUUUCUUCACUCAAAAUAUAGUCUUGACUUUUGUGUAAAAUAAUAAGGACAGAGAAGAGUUAUACAAGAUGUUAGAUAGCAUGUGUGAUUAUCUGCAAUAUUAUGAGUUGAAUAAUAAAAGUGUUGACAUCAGCAAAUAGAUUCGAACAUCUCUUUAGAGUCAAUUUAGAAGCAUUAUCAGACAACAAUUGAGAAAUGAGAAUGUAGACAUCCAACCAUAGAAUUUCAACAAAUAGCUUAUGAAAAAGGGAGUUAAGUAUGAUUGCCUACAUUCUUUGAAUAAAUACUUGACGGCCUUCUUAACUUCAUUCUAUCUUACUUCAUACUCUCUCGGUCUGAUAGUUUAGCAAUUCUAAAGGUUGUUGUAAAUCAACGCUCAGCAGAAGAAACAGCCCUUACUGAAGAAGGUGGGAUUUCAGUAUAACAUUGAAAAGAAUCAGUUCUGGCAAUAUAUUCAGGAUAAGGUCGUCAAGAGUAUCAGACACACCAAGAUGGAUGCGCAAUGUGUUUAUUAAGAUUGGAUAAGAUUCGAGGCUUUGAUUUUCAAGAUCAUCCAAAUAGGGGAGGAACUAAGUAAUUUGAAAUCCUACACACUCUUGUUUCAUCUGAAAAACACCUUAAGAUUGAUUGCACAAGGACUGAGCAUAAAUGUCAUUCAAUGUUUAAGUGUCCAAAAAGGAAUGGGAUCCACGAAUAUAGUUAAACCCUAAUAUCAAUGUGUGCUAUUUAAUAAACUAGAUUUUUAUGUGGAGAACAGGAGACUCAAUGCUCAAUCUCAAUAUUUGAAUUAAUUAUUAGAAGUCAAACAAAUUAUACCUCAUUUUGAAUAGCAAUAGCCUUUGUAAUCAAUUGAGAGUCCGUACAAUAAGAAGGAGGAAUACUUCUUCAUUGUAAGUCAGUUUUAGGAACUACUCUUUUUUGCUUAAAAUGUUUAGCAAUUCAGAAUCGACUGUUUUUUGCAUACUAUCCAUUGUUUUGAAUAUUAUUGUUAUCUUUUGAUAAGGAAUGAUCUAUAUGCCCAAAUAAAGCAGUUGUAAUUUGAAUUGCCAUCAUACGAGGACAAUUUCGACAAUCUAGUGAUAAGUCAUCAUCACAUCAUUAAAUUCGCUAGAUUUAGUAAUCUAUAGCAAAUGCUAAUGAAAUAAAUAGAUAGCAUUAGAUCGACGAAUCUUUAAAUUUAGGUGAUUUACACUUCGUCUUGUUUGAGAGAGAUCCUAGAGAACUUAACGCUUUGUUAUCAAAUAUACGAGUUUAUUAGACAGUCUUAUCGAUACUAGGAAGACAUCGAGUUUAUCGAAUCCUACUUAAAGAAAACGAAGCAAUGGCUGGAUCAGUUGAAAUUCCUAUGGAUUUAUAGUCAAGGAUUGAAGGAUAGUGAGAUUGACAAUAAACAGAUAACUAGUUAUUAGAUUAUGUACAAGAUGACUCAAAUAAUGCAUCAGAUAUCGGUCAUAUCGUUGAGCAACCAAACGAUCAAGCCAGAAGAGAUAGGGUAGAUUUAUUAUCAAGCGUACACAGAAAAUCUAAUGGAGUUGAUAGUGGGGACUAUAAAUAAAUCCAACAAGUAACAAAUGCAGGGAGAAUUGCAAAAGUUUAUUAAACAAGUCAAUGGAUAAUAUCAGAGUCAGCAAUUUGAUUGUUUUGUGAGAUUACUUGAUAUACGGACACAGAGUCAAUAUGUAGAGCAGAUAAGCAAGUUGCAAUUGUUGAGUCUGAAGACUUAAAUCUCCAUUCUAUAAAAGGAUAUCAAUUUGGACUUGAAACAAAUAACUCAAACCUACAUAAAUUAUGUAAAUGAAAAUAGUUGA